GUUCUAUAGAGGAGCUGAGAUAAGGACAGUGCAGCAGGCAGGGCAGAAGGCAGCUGACAAGGGUCAGGGAGAGACUUGCCUUGAAUGAAACUCUCGCCUACAUGAAAGGAACCCUCUGACCAGGAGACCCAGAGAGGGCACAAUGGGGCACUUGUGGCUGGUGGGGUUCUUGGUGCCUUUAGGGUUACUAGGGGAAGUGAUUGGCAGCCCAGGGGAAGGCAGGAGUGUGUGGGGAAGGAGCCAUUCACUGAACCCCACAAACCAGAGUCAGCUCUUCACAUAUGGCACUUUCCCUUCAGACUUUAUCUGGGGUGUGGGGAGCUCAUCCCUGCAGAUGGAAGAGGAUCACUCCAGCAGGGGAGCAUCUAUUUGGGACACAUCACUAAAAGACCACCAGUCUGGGCUGGCCAACAGCAAGAAUGAGCAGCCCACUGGCAGCACCCCCAAACUGGCACACACUCUUCUACCCGCCUUGGAGUUUCUUGGGGUGAAUUUUUACCAUUUCUCUUUUUCCUGGCCCAGACUGUUUCCAGAGGGGAGUGGGGCCCCCAGUGAUCAUGGGGUGCAAUAUUACAACAACAUGAUAAACCUGCUGAUCAGUAAGAAUGUGAUGCCAGUGAUCACUCUGUACCACUGGGACUUACCAGCCGCCAUCCAGGAGAAAUACGGAGGGUGGGCCAACGACUCUGUCACCCAGCUGUUUAAUGACUAUGCCAGGUUUUGCUUCCAGAGGUUUGGGGAUAGGGUGAAAUACUGGAUCACAAUGCACAACCCCUACCUGAUAGCCUGGCAUGGCUAUGGCACAGGGCUACACGCACCUUGGAAAAAGUGGGACACGGCGAGAGUUUCUCUGGUUGCGCACAAUCUCAUCAAGGCUCACGCUCUGGUUUGGCACACCUACAACGUGCAUUUCCGCCAGCUUCAGAAAGGCUACCUCUCAGUGACACUGGGAUCCCACUGGGUCAAACCAGCAAACACCAACCAAGGAACUAUAGAGCAGUGUCAGGAGUCCAUUGAAGCCAUUCUUGGGUGGUUUGCCAAACCUAUUCACUAUGAUGGCGAUUACCCCGAAAGCCUCAAGAUAAAACACCACUCCAUUUUUCCAAACUUCACGGAAGCUGAGAAAGCUUUUAUCAAAGGGACAGCAGACUUCUUUGCACUCUCCUUUGGAUCCAAUGACUUCAAUGUCUCGAACAAUGAUAAUUCACUUAACCUGAGGGCAAUACUGAACUGGAUUAAGAUGGAAUAUGACAAUCCCAGAAUUCUUAUCAUGGAAAAUGGCUGGUUUUCAGACAGCCCUGUCAGAACAGAAGACACAGUGAUAAUAUAUAUGAUGAAGAAGUUUAUUAAUGAUGUCCUUCAAGCUAUUAAACAUGAUGCUGUGAAUGUGUUUGGAUACACCGCCUGGUCCCUGGCUGAUGCAUUUGAAUGGCACAAUGGCUACAAACUGAGACGUGGAUUAUUCUAUGUUGAUUUUCACAACAAAGAUGAACAAAUGACUCCCAAGUCCUCUGCAUUCUACUACAAGCAGGUUGUUCAACAGAAUGGCUUUCCCCAGGCAGACUCUGCUUCAGAAGUGUUCGGUCAGUUCCCCUGUGACUUUUCCUGGGGAGUUACAGAAUCUGUUCUAAAGGCUGAGUCAAUCCCCUCGUCUCCCCAGUUCAUUGACCGCCAGCUGUAUGUGUGGAAUAUAACUGGGGACGGCAUCCUGCAUGCAGUAAAAGGAGUGAAGUUGAAGACCCGUCCAGCCCAGUGCACCGACUUUACCAGUAUCAGGAUGCAAAUAACAAUGCUGACAAGAAUGAAAGUCACAAACUUUAAAUUUGCUCUCAACUGGUCUUUGAUUCUACCAAAAGGGGAUUUGUCAGUAAUUAACCGAGAAGUACUGAGGUAUUACAGGUGCAUGGUAGAUGAGGCCUAUCUUCAUGGCAUCAAGACUAUGGUCAUGCUUUACUACCCGACUCACACUUCUGUGAACCUUCCAGGACCUUUAAUGCAAAAUGGAGGAUGGUUGAACAAAACCAUAACUCGGGCAUUCACAGACUAUGCUGAGCUUUGCUUUCGGGAGAUGGGGGACUUGGUAAAGCAAUGGAUCACUGUUAACGAGCCAAGCAAGCUGGGGCAGUUAUAUAGAAGAAGUAAUAUGUCCUAUCAGGCAGUGCACAAUGUACUUAUAGCUCAUGCUAUGGCUUGGCACGCAUAUGACAAAAAGUAUAGAUCCAUUCAACAUGGCUAUGUUUCCACAGCUCUUCAUGCAGACUGGGCUGAAGCUGCUAACCCCUUCAUCAAAUCCCAUGCAGAAGCUGCAGAAAGAUUCCUAGCAUUCAACAUUGGCUGGCUGGCAGAACCAAUUUUUGGCACUGGAGACUAUCCAGCCCACAUGAGGCAGUACAUUAAUGCCAAGAGACAAAGGGGACUGUCCACUAAUACUUUGCCUCACUUCACCAAAGAAGAAAGGCUCCUGGUAAAAGGAUCAGCUGAUUUCUUAGCCCUUAACCAUUUCACCACGUGGCUUGUGCGCCACCAGCCACUAAGCGACUUCGACCAAGACGUCAAUCCUUUUACUGAUGUGACAUGUUUACAUUCGCCGGGCAAACUGGCAGUAGUUCCUUCUGGGAUGAGAAAGCUACUGAAGUGGAUAAAAAGAAAUUAUGGAGACACCCCGAUCUAUAUCACAGCAAAUGGCAUCGACGACCAUUCGUCCAAGAAUGACGAGAUUCGAAUAUAUUAUCUGCAACAAUACAGCAGGCACUUACUACAAGCUUACCGUGAAGAUAAUAUAAACCUGAGGGGUUACUAUGCCUUUAAGCUGACUGAUUCCGCAGUACCACGUUAUGGCUUCUACAGCUCUACAAUGGAAGCCAAGCAUUCUGUGGACGCUUAUAGUGCAAUCGUUAGCAGGAAUGGCUUUCUACUGGAUCCGUCCUACGACACUUGCAGAACGACCAGCAACGCAGCUCAGUGUUCAUUCUGUGUGUUUGUAGAACAGAGAAAAGCACUAAUAUUCUUUACCUGUUGCCUCUUUUUCACCUCCGUCCUUCUACUGACUGUUACCAUUAUACGGAAAUACAAAAAGAGGCGCAGGAAACUGCAUGUGGAGAAGAGAAAGCCGUUGGUCUGUGUUCUGCCCAGAAAGAAAGACAGUUUCAGCCAAUGCUAAACACAGGCGGCAAAGGGACUAGCAUGUACCUCUCAAUUCACUCCAUUUGUUCUACUACGUCAGAUGAGUCUCAGGACUUUUCCUUGUUAAAUAUUUUUUCACAGCCAAUUAACACAAUUAAAAUAUCAGUGCUAAAUCUUACUGUAGAAUGUCCUUUGGCUGCUGUAAGAUAGAAGACAUAGACAGAAGGUGACAAGUCUGGACUGGGAUUCCAAGUACACAGAGCCCCAAACAGCCCCCUACCAGCUCACUAAACAUUGACUGUCUAUGGCAUCUUACAGCAGCCCCUCUGGCAUUUGCCAGAACCCCUGGAUUGCCAGUCUGGGCCUGGAAGGGGCAAUCUCAAUGGCCCUAAAAGCCUAACCUUGGGCACAAAUGUAUUUGUUAUAAUGAAAAAUUGCAUUUUAUCAGUCUGUGCAAUAAUUAGUAGAUGGUAUUAGCUUCUUGGUCACUCUUGGUCUGCACAUAAAACAAUAAGUAGCUGCUUGCCUUGGCCCCACUUAGAUUCAUAAUUGGCCCAUCAUACCCAUCAUCCCUUUUUCUUUGCUUAUACAUAGGGGGCUUCUAUACAGGGGGGUGCCAUCAGGAGGAUACAGAGGGGGGCUAGUCAUGGAAGCAGGUAUGAAAUUUUGUUGCCCAUAAUUUUAACAUUUUAGUUAGGGUGCUGCUAACUAAGUAGCAUUGGGUCCUAUGAUUUACAAUGUAUAAUUUUUGUAUGUAGAAUUUUUACUGCAGUGAGAAAGGUGCACUACUGCACAUUCAUCUGAUGAAAUCUCCACUACUUCCGGACUGGCAUUGGUCUCUUAGCAUAUCUGCACCAGUGAGCGAGCUUUGUAAAAUGUGCAUAGAAUGUAAUUUAUAAGCAAAUUCUACUGUAUUAUUAUAUUAUUUAAAAAAAAAAAGAAAAGAAAUGCUAUUGUUUUUGUCAGUUUUGUAGAUUGUUAAAUAUGUAAAAAAAUUAUAUUAACAUAUUGUUUAUUUUUUAAAGUCGGCCAAAAACCCGGGAGCAAUCGCUGUUGUUCACAUCAUGUGUUAAAUAAAAUAAGUGCAAUAA